AUUUAAAAACGCAAAUUCGAGACUCGAAAUUAAGAUUAAAAAGAGCUUUACAAUGUGAACAGAAACUAGAUUUCAAUCAACAAUGUUUGAAAAUACUAUGGAAGAUCACCAUUUUGAAAAGACUGAUUCCGGAGCAUCGAUAACUUAUCCACUGCAAUGUUCAGCUUUGCGUAAAAACGGAUAUGUUAUGAUACGCAGUAAGCCGUGCAAAAUAGUUGAAAUGACCACAUCAAAGUCUGGGAAACAUGGUCAUGCUAAAGUUCAUUUGGUUGGGAUAGAUAUCUUUACUAACAGAAAGUAUGAGGAUAUUUGUCCAUCUACUCAUAACAUGAGUGUACCUCUCGUGAAGAGGGAGGAUUAUCAACUUGCUGACAUUAGUGAUGAUGGUUAUAUGACACUAAUGUCAGAUAAUGGGGACAUUCGUGAAGACUUGAAAGUACCAGAAAACGAAUUGGGAGAGGCAUUAAAAUUGGAUUAUGGGAAGGAAGUAGAUCUUAUGGUUACUGUACUUAAGGCUUGCGGAGAGGAAUCCGUUAUAGCAAUAAAGACCAAUACAUCACUCAAAAAGUAACAUGCAAUAUUGAUUAUAUUCGUUCAGAUAACUUUCUUCAUCAAAUCUGUAAUACUUAAGAAACUGCAUUAUAAUGCGUUAAUAACAUUUAAAUAGAAUUUGUGUUUAUCUAGAUCUAUAU